AUGGCAGCCUCGUACACCCUUUAUAAUUCUCCUUUGCUUUCCAAAACCUUUAAUCAUCCUCUGAACCAAAACCCUUUCCCCAAAAACCUGAUUCUACCACUCAAAUCUACUAGUAAACCGCGGCUUCUUAGAGUAGUUCACUCCCAGAAGAUCACUGCCGGUCCCUCACUUCAUGACUCCAAUACUAGCACUCGUUUUCAGCACUGUUUCACCAAGAGUGAAGAUGGGUUUCUGUAUUGUGAGGGCCUUAAAGUGGAUGAAAUUAUGGAUUUUGUUGAAAGAAGACCUUUCUACUUGUACAGUAAACCUCAGAUUACUAGAAAUGUGGAAGCUUAUAAGGACGCGUUGGAGGGUUUGAGGUCUAUAAUUGGUUAUGCCAUUAAGGCCAACAAUAAUUUGAAGAUUCUGGAGCAUUUGAGGAAGCUGGGUUGUGGUGCCGUGCUUGUGAGUGGGAAUGAGCUUAGAUUGGCUCUUCAUGUCGGGUUUGAUCCCACAAGGUGUAUCUUCAAUGGGAAUGGGAAAAUCUUGGAGGAUUUGGUCUUGGCUGCCAAAGAAGGUGUUUUUGUCAAUAUUGAUAGUGAAUUUGACUUCGAAAACAUUGUCGCAGCUGCUAGAAUUGCUCAAAAGAGGGUGAAUGUUUUACUUAGAAUUAAUCCGGAUGUGGAUCCGCAGGUUCACCCUUAUGUUGCUACAGGGAAUAAGAACUCCAAAUUUGGCAUCAGAAAUGAGAAGCUGCAAUGGUUUCUAGAUGCUGUGAAAGAGCAUCCUAAUGAGUUAAAGCUUGUUGGGGCCCACUGCCAUCUUGGGUCAACAAUUACCAAGGUUGACAUUUUCAGGGAUGCUGCCAUUAUUAUGGUCAACUACAUCGACCAAAUCCGAGCUCAGGGUUUUGAAGUUGAUUAUUUAAAUAUCGGUGGUGGACUUGGGAUAGAUUAUCAACAUUCUGGUGCUGUCCUUCCUACACCCAGAGAUCUCAUUGACACUGUUGGGGAGCUUGUUCUUUCCCGUGAUCUUAAUCUCAUCAUUGAACCAGGGAGAUCACUCAUUGCAAACACUUGUUGCUUAGUUAACCGAGUGACAGGUGUCAAAACCAAUGGAUCUAAAAACUUCAUUGUGAUUGAUGGAAGCAUGGCUGAACUUAUCCGUCCUAGUCUUUAUAAUGCUUACCAGCAUAUCGAGUUGGUUUCCCCUGCCCCAGAAGAUGCUGAGAUAGCAAAGUUUGAUGUGGUUGGCCCUGUCUGUGAGUCGGCAGAUUUCUUAGGAAAAGAUAGGAAACUUCCAACUCCAAAUAAGGGUACUGGUCUGGUCGUUCAUGAUGCUGGUGCUUAUUGCAUGAGUAUGGCAUCAACUUACAAUCUAAAGAUGCGACCUCCCGAGUAUUGGCCUAGCAAGCAGUGCCCAGAAAGGUACAGUAGUUGGAAGAAGGGAGGAGGAGAAGAGGGUUUGCUUGUGGUUGUGACAGUGCCAGAGAGUGCCAGUGGUACCUACUGUACCCACCAUGCCUAUGCUCUCUGCCCUCAGAUUGGUCCACACUUCCCUCUGUACCACCCCAUCUUCUCAAUUACAUUCACCCCAAAUUAA